UGCAAUUUUACUACCGCCGCCUUCACUUGGUAGCUUUUGGCUUUCGCUUCUCAACUCAUCCAUGGCUUCCUCUCUGCUUCCAAACCCAACCCACUUUCUCAAACUCAAACCCCUCACGCUCACAACCAACCGCACCAUAACCCACGUUUCCGUACGGUGCGGACCACGCGACAACCGUGGACCCUUGGUCAAGGGCCGGGUCCUCAGCAUCGAGGCCAUCCAAGCCGUCCAGGCCCUCAAACGGGCCCAAAGAUCCGACCCGACCCAAUUGCCCACUCUCGCAUCCAAGACCCUCUCGCGCCUAAUAAAAGCCGACCUCGUCGCCGCCCUCAGAGAGCUUCUACGGCAGGAACAGUGCCACCUGGCUCUCCAGGUCUUCUCCACCUUCCGAUCAGAAUACCCACCCGACUUAUCUGUUUACGCCGAGAUGGCAUUGGCGCUCGAUAGAAAUGGGAUGGCAGAGGAUAUGGACGGCUUGAUUUGUGUUCUGGAGAAAGAGAGUGGGGUCCAGUGGGAUAGUGACAAGGGAUUGAUAAGGUUGAUCAGGGCCGUUGUUACUGCGGAUAGGAGGGAAUCAACGGUCAAGAUUUAUGAGAUGUUGAAGAGGAAUGGAUGGGGGUCUAGUGAUUUUAAAGCGGACGAGUAUAUGGUUAGGGUUCUGAGUAAGGGGCUGAGGAGACUUGGGGAGGUUGGAUUGGCUGAUGAGGUUGAUAUGAAAUUUGGUAGCCCCUAUGAGGGUAAUUUGGAGAAAUUAACUGUAUAAAACUAGUGAAACGAAUUUGUAUGAGCUAGUUUUUGUUAGUUGCACCCUCCAAAAUGUCUACUAUAUCCACUUAUUAAUGAAAAAAAAUGCAGGAUGGUUGAACAAUUUUU